AUGUCCGAGGACGGCGACAAGGCGCCCAUCGUGGAGGACGCCGGCAUCGACGACCACGAGGUCACCACCAAGCCAAAGGGAAAGGCCGGAGCCAAGGGCCGCACCAGCGUCGGUGCCAAGAAGGCCCCCGCCGAGGACAUCAAGUUUGAGUACGGCGACAUUGUCCUGGCUCGUCUCCGAGGCUACCCUCCUUGGCCUGCGAGGAUCACUGCCCCCGAUGACCUCCCCGCCAACGUCCUCGCCCAGAGGCCCAAGUCCUCGGCGUCAUACUGCACCCAGUUCUUCCCCGCCGGUGACUUCUCGUGGUUGGCGAACAAGGACAUUACCCCUCUGAAGGCGCACCAGAUCGAGGCGUACAUCCGCGAACCCCACCGCAAGUCGGCCGGCGCGCUCCGCGAGGCGUACAUGACCGCCCAGGACCCCACAGAGUGGGACGCGCACCAGGCCGACAAGCGCAGGGCCCUCGAGGAGGCCGACGCCGACGAGGAUGUGGAUGAGCUCGAGGAGGAGGAAGAGGGUGCCACCCAGGGCAAGAGGAAGCGCGCCCCACCGGCACCCAAGAAGGAGACCAAGAAGGCCAAAACGACCAAGAAGGCCGACGACAAGCCCAAGCAGCCCAAGGCCGCCAAGGCCGAGAAGCCCAAGCCAGAGAGCGAGGCCGAGCCUGCGGCGCCUGUGGACGAUGACCCCAUGGCGAACAACAAGGAGGCUGUCCGUGUCAAGGACUGGCGUCACAAGCUGCAGAGGGCAUUCCUCAGCAAGGGAUUGCCGGCAGCUAGCGAAAUGGACAACUUUGACGAACUUUUCAAGGCUAUUGAGACCUACACCGAGAUGACCGUCGAGUUCCUCAAGUACUCGAAGAUUGACAAGGUUAUGAGGAAGAUUGCGGCUCUUACCGCCAUCCCCCGCAACGACGAGCUCAAGAUCACGGAGCGUGCAGACAAGCUGGCAAACGACUACGGGUCGAUUAGGAGGACCGAGGAAGGUUCCAAGCCCAACGGCACCGAUGGUAAGGACACGCCCCCCGCUGCCGAUCACGCGGCCGAACCUGCAGCCGCGCCAGAGGCCGCUCCAGCGAACGCUUCCGAGCCUGCUGCCAAGCCCGCGGUUGAGCCGACGGUAGAGCCCACCGACGAGACUGCAGCGGAACCCGUCCCGACCACGACAGCUGAGCCCGCAGCUGCAUCCGCAGAGGACAAGACCGAGGCGUGA